CGUUUGUGUCAGAGAGGGGGUGCGCGUAGCUCGACGCACGUUUUUAAUUUUCCUUCCCUAAUUAUUUGGUUUUUGAAUUUUAUUUUUAUAUUCUAGUAUCGUUAUAAAAUAUAAAUAAUUAUCAGAAAGUAUCAAAUAAUGUUGUAGUUAAAUCAAUUGCAGUGAAAUUUGAGCAAAAACUAAAAUUCUUGUGUAUUAUUUUGUUGAUAAACUUAACAGAAAAGAAAAAAAAACCAACCACGUUCUUAUGAACAUAAUUAUCUAUAUGUAAUAUAUCAAUAGAGUUUGCGAAAAGUUUAAAUAUUUAAAUACUACACAUACGAAUAGAAGUUUUUCAAGCAAGAGCAAUACAGAUUAAAAAAAAAUAAAAAUGAAUAAUUCAAAUUUUCAUAAUAAUAAUUCAGCAAGCAUUUUUGAUCUUGACGAUUCCAUUUAUAUUCAUCAUGAUCAUUUAACAAAUGGAUUAAAACCAAUAAGAAAACAUGGCAUGCCUCCUCCUCCACCAAGGACAGCAUCGCUUUAUGGUCUAUCAAGUUAUUAUACCCUUGAUAGGAUUAGUGAAUCACCACAUCAGUAUAUCAAUAAACAUAUUAACAAUAACAGUAAUAAUAACAACAAUAUCAUAACAUCUCACAAUUUAUCGAAAAAUAGCAACAACAUUAUUGAUCACCAGCACUGCAACAACUAUUAUUCAAAUUACAAUAAUCACUUUCACCAACAACAACAUCAACAACAAUAUAGAGAUCAACAAUCACGCAGAGAACAACAACAACAGCAGCAACAACUACAACAGCAGCAACAACAGCAGCGAAGGCGACCCCUAGCACCUACAAGAGAAUCCAAAUUUAGAAUGUCUGUCAUUACGAAAGAACCUAAUCCUAUCGAGCAAUUUGAAGAUGAGAUAGGUGAUAAUUUAUCAGCUGUGCUACGUGAAAAAAUGCCAAACAAUGAUAUUCUUUAUAAUGAAGAGAAAUGGUUAUGUGGAGGCUAUAAUCCUGAGUUGUAUCCUGAAAUGCUCAAAGUACACCAAACACCAGCUUAUCGAUUGUUAGAUAGUAACAAAAAAGAUAAUAAGUUUGUUGAACGAACUAAUUCAAAGCGAAAGUUUCGCACUCGCAGCGAAUCAGAACCAAAUGAGAUUUGCGGCGAAGGUGCUUGGUCAAAGCAGCAACAGCAUCAGGAGGCUUUACCUGUGAUAGAUGGCGGCGGAAAAUGUGAUUUAGCAACUAAAUUAGUAAGCGUCGUCGAUGAACGCCGCGUCAUUAAACUUCCUGCCACGCCAAAAAGGCAAUCUCCAGCACGCGUCCUACUUUAUAAUAAUACUCCGAGCCCGAGAUCACCACGACAUGUAUUCCAUAGCACAUCUAAUGGUCGACGUUCAUCACCUGUGAGUAGACGAAGGGGAUCCUCGCUCACUCGUCUUCAUGAGUAUCGCCGAAGCAGGACAAAAUCUCCACAAUUAUCACGUAUAACUACAAGUGAUGAAUCAGCUGCCGAAUAUGAAAUCUAUUCCCGUAAAUCAAAAUCUGUAGAUCCGACUCCUACUCAUGGAAAAUCGAGGUCGGCGAGUAGCGUAGCGAAACCAGUUUCUCCGGAAAAGUUUAAGAUCAUUUCACCCAAUAAAAGACGUGUAGACUACCGUCGCAGUAGCUGUAGUAGCGUCGAAGAUGAUCUCGACGUAUCCGAUGGAGAAAAAAACGCUCAUGAUGAUAGCUUUGAGUCGAAUACCUCAUCUUCAUCGGAUUCCGAUGAAGACGGCUAUAGAUCGCAUGCAUACAAAAAUAGCACCAAUGGCGAUAAAUUAACUUCGCCGCUGUGUUCCACCUUUAAACCUGUUACCAAUCUGUCAGCGCAAUCUUCUGAGGAGAGUUUAGUUAAUCCUGAAUCUCUGCUCGUACCUAGUCUCUUCCCGAAUGUACCACCAUAUCUAGCAUUUUCUUCAAAUACAGAAAAAGGUCCUGAAGUUCCUCCAGAACUAUUUAAAAUUCUCAAAUGGAAGGUAACAAAUGUGAUGCCAAAAUUAGUACGCAAUGUUCUUUCAAAUACUGGUGUUCGAUUACUAAAAAAGACAAACGAUUGGAUGGGAACUUGGGGAAAGCAUAUGAAGAGUCCAUGCUUCAAAACAAUUCGUCCAUAUCAGAAAAUCAAUCAUCUACCUGGAUCAUUCAAAAUUGGUCGUAAGGAUUCGUGUUGGAAGAAUUUACAAAAACAAAUGAUCAAGUAUGGCAAAAAGGAGUUCGGUUUUAUGCCAAAAACCUACGUUAUUCCAGCUGAUCUUAAUUUGCUCCGUAAAUCGUGGCCAAAAUACGCACAACGAAAUGUUAAAUGGAUAAUCAAACCACCGGCAAGUGCUAGAGGUACAGGAAUCAGGGUAGUUAAUCGAUGGGCACAAAUACCUAAACGAAAACCAUUAAUUGUUCAAAGAUAUAUCGAACGUCCACUUUUGAUAAAUGGAAGUAAAUUCGAUCUAAGAUUGUAUGUGCUGGUAACAUCAAUUAAUCCACUUCGAGUUUAUAUGUAUCACAAUGGAUUAGCAAGAUUUGCUUCAGUGAAAUACAGUGCAAAAGCAGAUACUUUGAAUGAACGUUGUAUGCAUUUAACUAAUUAUAGUAUCAAUAAACUAUCGUCGAACUAUUCUAAAAACGAGGAUGUUAAUGCGUGUCAUGGUCAUAAGUGGACAAUAAAAUCGUUAUGGGCAUAUCUAUCGAAUAGAGGAAUACGAACAGAUCGAUUAUGGGAUGCACUCCGGAAUCUUGUUAUGAGAACAAUUCUCGCUGGAGAGCAUUCAAUCAACACUAUGAUUAAACUAAACGUUGAAAGUAAAUAUAGUUGCUUUGAAUUGUUUGGUUUUGAUGUUCUACUCGAUGCUGAAUUGGUACCUUGGUUGCUGGAAGUUAAUAUUUCUCCAUCGUUGCAUUCGGAACUGCCAUUGGAUGCUCAUGUGAAAGCGCCGUUAGUUCAAGGAGUCUUAAAUACUGCCUUAUAUAAUAUUCCUCCAAAAUUAUCGCCAGAAAAGCAAAAAGAAAUUGCAAGCAAAUUAGGAGUACGUUCGGGACCAUUGUGUUUUGAUAAACGAAUGUAUGUGAAUUAUUUGUCAAGGGCAGAAAGGCUGAAACAUAAUCAAUAUACAAGAAAGUCAUUAGAAGAUCGAGAUGAUUACAUUAACGCCAUUCUUGAAAAUCUUACUCCUGAUGAUAUUCGAUGCCUGGUUGUAUCAGAAGAUGAACUUGCUCGCAGCGCUCCAUUGGAAAGAAUUUUCCCAACAAGCAAUACGCACAAAUACCUUAAAUAUACCGAAGUUCCACGCUACUAUAACCGUCUUUUAGAUGCCUGGGAAACACGUUACUCGAAAAAUCGUCAAGAAGGCAUUAAACUUUUACAAGCGUACUGUGAACAAAAGUACCACUUGGAAGUCCCGCCAUCGCCAGCUCGCAAGUCAGUUGAUGAGGGAUUUAUAUUCUAUAAUAAUUCAGGAUUACAUCAUCAAAUUCCUGAGAUGGAUUUUAAAAUCGUAAUCGCUGCCACCGUAUACGUUGUAAUUCUUUCAGCAAUUUUGUCUCUCAUUAGCUUUAUAGUUGGUAAUUGAUAAAUCAAAGAUAAUCAAAAAAAAAAAAACAAAAAAAUUACAACAAAUCAAAAAAAAAUCUAAAUGUACAUAAUUUACAUAAAUAUUUGUUACUUUUUUUUGUAAAUACAAAAGCAUUACACUUACAAAAAAUACAAGCACCCUAUUUUUACUUUAUCUAUAAAUAAAUUCGUAUAUUUUUUUUAUGAAACAAAACAAAAAAUAAACAAAAAUUUAUUAAAAUGCUAUGCAUUCUUAUAUCACUAAAACAUAAAUCAGAUAUAAUCAACAUUUAAACUCAUUUUUUAAAAAACACAUCAAACAAAAACAUACUCGACUCGUGUGCUAUUUAUUUUAACAUUUAAAAUCAUAAUAGAAACACCUGAAGAUCGUAGAAAAUUAAAUAAUUAAAUAAAAUUAAAAAAGAAUUAAAAGAAAAUAAACAAACUGAACGUUAAAAAUAUAAAUAAAUAAAAUUAAUUUGUUGCAGUUCUUUUUACACACAAAAGUACACGCUUAAUUUUAUGUGUUUUUAGAUAAAAUAUAAUAUGUGUGUUGUUGGGACAAAGUAAGUUAAAUCGAUUUGUUUUAUUUUGAAUUUUAUUUGUAUGUUAUUUCAUCCAAAAAAUGACUUAGUUUGUGUUUUUGUAGAUAUUUAAAUUAAAUGAGAGGAAUUUAUCAAUUUUUGUUUAUCAAUAAUGUUGUGUACUUGUUUACCUCUUUUUUGAAAAAAGCAUGUAUUGUCUUUUUAAGUGAAUAUUAUUGUCAAAAGGGACAUUUUCAAGUAAUAAUUUCAAGCUAAAAAAUAAUCAUCCAAAUCCAAGCCUCUAAUAUUCGAGAACAAAAAAUCAAGACAUCUCGACUUGGAAUAAACACGUCACAAUUUAAUAAAUCGUUCAUUGAGAAGAAUACCGUUAUAUGUAUUUUAAAAAAUUAGAAAU